AAAUAUAUUAUCUCACGUCCUGAAUCUUAUAUUCAACACCUGAAGAUCCGAUGUGACCGAGCGGCUCCAAAGUGCAAUUGGUGCUAUCAUCACAAUCUUCCUUGUUCCUUUACUCGGAGUCAAGCUCAGCCACACCACCAAGACUCAAGGUGAGAGCGAAUAACUUUGACAAUAUAGACGGGAAUAUUGCUUAUCUACAUGUAGAGAAUCCAAGGUCAAUUCUUAUGAGAAUAUUUCUAAGCCUCGAGAAAAAGAUGACAAGCCCAGGCCCGAUCCGGCAUGGCAGCCGCUUCGUUGUCUGCACACGGAAACCUCAAACACGAAGCUCUACCUGCCGGGCCUAACGAUGGGGAGUAUAUGCGCCUUCAACGGCUUACCCUUCUUUUCUUCGGCCGGGAGGAAGUGGAUCAAAGCGCAGACAGGCGAGGAUGUGAACUUGAACCAGUAUCACCCUCCCAACCGUGGCGAGGCCCCAAUUCCCACCAUUCCUUUGCCGAGGAAGGAAGUACUGUAUGAACACGUCCACAGAUACAAAUCGUCGAGGCUCUCCCAACUCUUUCCGUUUAUCGAUCCCUUCUUGUUCGAGGGGACUAUUCAUGCGGCAUAUGAAGUACAAUCUCCCCUCACUGGCGAUGUUUCUAGUUCCAGGGCCUGUAUUUUUGCUUUCAUGGCAGUGACCUCUACAAUCUUGAAUGAUUCGGAUGAUGACGGGGUUCAGAAUCCCGAUGACUAUGCUUAUGUGGCUUAUGACUUGCUAGCGAGUCUUCUUCAUGCGCACUCAGUCACAGUUGACGGGCUUCAGGCGCUACUCAUGUUAUGUUUAUACAGUCAAGCCAUGUUAGGGGACGUUCUCAGCCUGGAAGUAUUGCUGUCGUCUGCGACACGACUUGUCUUUCACCUUGGGGGCCAUAUUUCCCCUGGAAAGUCCGAGGGAGAUAACAACAGAUCACUAGGCCUUCGAUCACAUAUCCGGAAUCUUUUCUGGGUCUGCUACAUCUUCAACCAGGAGUGUAGCUUGCGGACUGGACUUCCUCCUAAUCUCGAUGACGCAAACUGUGACCUUACCCUUCCUGAGGCCCCUGGCUUGGAUCCCCAGAGGCAUGGAGGGUGUCCGUCUUUCCUGAUUUCACUCAUUCGGCUGGGGAUCAUUCAAUCUCAGAUCUAUCGCAGGCUCUAUUCGGUCGCCGCGUUGAACCAAACGGACGCCGAACUGCUCGCCACCAUUCGCGAUCUGGAUGAGCUUUUGGAAGACUGGAAGCUUUCAAUCCCCGUGGAAACCAGACCGACCUUCAUGCAUCGAUCUACAGAUGUGGACAUGGAGUCAUCCAUCCUUCAACUAGAGUAUCAUUAUUGUAUGGCAACCAUCCACCAAGCGAGCGGUCGCUGCAUCACGUGGACCCAGAACAAGGACACUCGUGGCCUCGGUUCCAGCCUUGGCAUCAGCGUGGAAGCAAGUCGAUCGCUGUUGCAAAAGCUUUUGCACUCUGAAAUCCUGGUCCACCGCUACAACAUACUGUUCUGCCUUCCCCAUUUGACCGCAGCAAUGAUCCAUCUGUUCUGUGACAUCCUUUUUCAUCCUCUGGACCCGGGCUGUCACGCCGAUCUAGGGCUGAUGGACAUGAUUCGAGAGCUCAUGGUGGCACAAGCUGCACAAUUACGGACACCAGCUCCGAUCGCAUUUAAUAUGCAGCUGGAGUUUGUGAAGGAGCUGAGUCUGGAACUUCAACGUCUUGCGCGGAACGCGAUCCGCCAAGCUGCGGUUUAAUUCAGAGAUUUGAAAAAUGAAACAACUGUGGUGUAUCACAGAAGAAAAAGGGUUGUUCGCUCAUUGCUAGAUUUUUUUAUGCCUGAAGAUUCGUGAAGAACUUCCGCCGCCGCUCUGAGACUACCGCACUUUGUUCAGUUCCCAAGGCCGAAGCCCAAGAUACCACAAUUUGAAUGUCCUUGGGAAGA